AGAAGAAGAAAAAUCAUACAUGGUCUGUUGAUUUUUGGUGCAAUAUAUGCAUUAAAAAUUAAAUUUAAAAAAAAAAAUAAUAAUUAAAAUAAAAUAGCCAAGUAAUUCUAGUUAUAAAGUGUUGAGUGAUAUUGUCGAAUGGCCUCGACUUUUUCCAGUUUAAACAUCGGUAAAAAUCGGCUUGUGUCGGUUAUCAGAUCCAACUUUCCAACAAUUUCCAAUGCUGGAUACCUGUUAACCCACUUGAUUCAGUCUUUGAGCCACUUUGGACACUAUAACAUACAAUAUUUUAUUUUUAAUUAACAAAAAAAAAAAUUAAUUUUUAAUCAUUAAAAACAAUAUAAACAAUAUUAUUUAUUAUUAUUGUUAAUUUUCUUUAAUUUUUUAUAAUAUUUUGUUUAAUGAAAUAUUUAUCUAAAUGAUGACGAGAUGGAGGAAAUGUGCGUCAAAACCGGAUCUUUAAGAUAAUUUGUGUUAAUUUAAUUUUUUAUUAGAAUAUUUAUUUAUAUAUUUUUUUUUUUUUAUUAUAUAUUGCUGAAAGUUCCGUGACAUUGAUCACGUGGAUCUGUGCUAUUUGACCUUGCUAAAAAAUUGAAAUAAUAAAUAUGUGGGGCUGGUUCGAUGCAUUUAGAGACAAUGGGGGUCCAACACUUUACAGUUAUAGUAAUCGUACACCAGUUACUGGUGAUAUACAUUUAAUAACAAUAUUCAUUAUAUUUUGUACAAUAUUUGCUGCAUUUUUAAUAAUAUUUCCUGGUAUUAGAAAAGAGAGAUUGACAACAUUUUUUACCGUCACAUUGAGUCUUCUUGUUGGUACAAGCAUUCAAGUUGCUCAAUAUGGCUCCACCUGGCAUACGACCUCGUCCCAAAUUGUCAGUAGUUAUAGUGUAUUCUCAAGGCACAGGACACAUGCGGAAAUUGGUGGAUACAUUGGUCUUAUGCACAUAAAUAUUACCUACAAAGUUAUUGGUAAUGAUCAAAAUUUUUUUUCUGAUUCAAUAAAUGAUGUUGAAUAUAAUGAAAGAUUUUGGUGGCGUACACCAAAUGAAAUGAGUAUAUCUGUUAGAGAUGCACUUAAACGUGGUACACCAUUUCCAAUUAUUUCAUUAGCUGAAUAUUUUAGUUUACAUCAAGAAGGAUUUUCUUGGGGUAAUAAAUAUCGUCAAGCUGGUCAUUAUACAUCAAAAACACUUUGGACUUGUUUUGCAUUUUGGCUAAUGACAAAUUUAUUAUUAAUUGUUGUACCAAGAUAUGGAGCAUAUAGUAUGAUAUUAACUGGUUCAUUAAUGUUAUUAUCAACUUUAAUAUAUUGGUCUUUAUUACCAUGUGAACCACUUGUUGCACAUGUUGAUGGAUCAAUUCUUAUAUUUCAUUUUGGAUGGAAUUAUUGGCUUGUUAUUAUUGCUGGUAUUGGAUGUCUCAUUGGUGGAUUAAUAAUAACAAUAAUUGAUCUUAUAUUUCCUCAUCAAUUUUCAACAAUUCUUGAGGUUGAUUAUGAUACUCCAUAUGACAGACAUGUUAUUAUUGAAAAAAGUUUUGAUACAAGAAAUAUUGGAAAAAAUUUAUCAAAAAUUGUUGAUGAAGAUCUUGAUGAACGUAUUAUUCUUGGAAAAUUGUCACCAAAUUUGGGUAAUGGACAUCAUAGUACUCAAGGAAUUGUCAAUCGUGGAUAUUUACCACAUGAUCCGAAUGAUUAUCCUCGAGGAUAUCAUCAUGAUUCAUCAGCUAAAUGGGCAUAUCCAUUUCCCAGUUUGUCUUGAAGUAUAUCAAUAACUGCCAAA